AUGUACUGCGGGAAGCGCAGCAGCACAGCCAGCAAGCACGCCCGGAGCCAGGACAUGAGCCAGUCGUUCCUCGACGCAAGCGCCAUGUUCAGCUCUUGGAAUGACAAUAUCGCCGCCAUGGCCCACAAUGCCCGUGUGCCCUACGGACAUGGCAUCAUGCCGACCAACGGCUUUGAUAUCUUUGACCAGCAGAGCCCGCUCACCACGCCGACCUUCUUCAACUUCCACGAGGCUCAAACCCCGUCGGCUCCUGAUGCCGCCGAGAGGAACAGUGGUCACUCCCGCAAAUCCUCGCGGAGAAUCAGCAACGGCAUCGCCAAUCAGGUCAGCAAGUUUGAGAACAUGACUGGCGAGCCUGACACCCCCAGUGACCGUUCUGUGAAGCGAGAGUCCCAGCCUGACCGUUUCUCAGAGGGAUACGACGGCUCUAUGGAGGAGACAAUCAAGCCUUUGAGGAGGCAAAAGGCCAGGCCUCAUAGUCUGGCCAUCUUCCCCAGCCGCGCCCCCUCUGCCGAGCCCCAAAGCAACGGCAACAACGUCACCUGCCCCAGCACCCCCAAAUCGGGAACUUGCCCCAUGCCCGAGACUUUCCCCUCCGAUUCAAACCUGGAAUCCGUCGCUCACGACGAGACAUUUGAGUCGUUUGACGACGCCAGGAGCAAAAUCGAUGACUUCACCUACCCUCCCCGCCAGCCCGAGAACCAGCAGCAGCACAAUGCCCUCAUUACUCCUCACCAGAACCAACAGUCAUCUGCACCAUUUGAGAGCAGGCCCAUGUCUUUCAGGACAGCUGCACCGACGAUGGCUACGCCUCAUCCAAGCCAGGCGGCACCAUACUCGACCAGGGCCACGUCCGUCGCCCAGUCGGGGGAUGAGUCUCAGCCCCAGACGCCCACGUCGUCGAGCUGUCACAGGUCCCCCCACGCCCACCGCCGCACCGAGUCCAUGGCCAGCAUGCAAAGUGCCGCCUCCAUCUCCAACAUCAACUUUGAGGAAGCCAAGCUAGAGACGGGCAUCUCGCACGAGGAGAUUUCCCGCUACAUCAUCGGCCCGGACCCAGCCGACGCCAAGUGGACGUGCACCUUUGACGACUGCGGCAAGAAGUUUGGCCGCAAGGAAAACAUCAAGUCGCAUGUGCAGACUCACCUCAACGAUCGCCCCUACCAGUGCCCCUCGUGCAUCAAGCGCUUUGUAAGGCAACACGACCUCAAGCGUCACGCCAAGAUCCACACGGGCAUCAAGCCUUACCCAUGCGAGUGCGGCAACAGGUUCGCCCGGCACGAUGCCCUGACGCGCCACAAGCAGCGCGGCAUGUGCGUCGGUGCCUUUGAGGGCAUUGUCAAGAGGAACGUCAAGCGUGGCCGCCCCCGCAAGCCGCGUCCCGACAUGGACGACCGCAUGGACAAGGCGUCGAGGACCCGGAGAAAGAAUGCCUCGACCAGCUCUGUUUCAUCGUCCCAGUCGUUCUCUCAGUCAGACAGUUCGGCCGCGACGACGCCCGUCGACUCCAGCGACAUGUUUGACGACCUUCUCCAUUUGUCGACUGGCAUGAUGCACAGCCAGCACCAGAACCAGCAGCUGCCCCAACUUCCUCCGCAGCAGAGCCACUACCCCCACGACAACAACCCGUCCUCGUCUGCACCCAUGCCCUCGUCUUCCAGCGGACCCUUUGGCAGCGACGGCGGACCCUUUGGCAGCGACGGUGGACCCUUUGGCAGCGAAGGCGGACCCUUUGGUAGCGACGGCGGCCUGUCACCCUCGUCGUCCCACCAAUCAUUCGUCAGCCCGCACGAGAUCAUGGAGGGCAGCACGCCUCAAGUGUCGUCUCCCGAGAGCCAGAUUCGCACUCCUCCUAAGCAUGAACUGACAGACGGGCAGCUGGCCAUGCUGGUCAUGAACCCUUCUGCUACGACGACGGCCGGCGGUCCUGGUUUGAUUCCGGACUCACUACCUGGCCUGGAGGCGAGCGAUGACAGCAUCGGCGCGACUUCGAGCCUGGACGACCUCUUGCCGCUCGACUACAGCGGGCACCAGAGCCUGAGGUCUUCGAUGACGUUUUCGGACUCCGAUCACGCCGUCAUAGGCCGCGAAUUCAAGUUUGACGACCUGAUUCAUGAUGGUGGUGACAUGUUUGGCACUGACGAACGGGACCCCUUUUUCGACUACACCGUCUAA